AUGUCUCUGGCAGCCGGUCUCGUCGCAGCUAACAUCACUGCAGCCCUCGCAGCUUGCUCUGCUGAAGGCUCUUUCGACCACAAGGUCUUCUUCGCAAAGGUCGGCCUGUCCGCCAAGUCUGCUGAUGACAUCAAGAAAGCCUUCGCGGUCAUUGACCAGGACAAGAGCGACUUCAUUGAGGAGGACGAGCUGAAGCUGUUCCUGCAGAACUUCUCCGCAGGCGCCAGAGCUCUGAGCGACGCUGAGACCAAGAAGUUCCUCGCAGCCGGUGACUCUGAUGGUGAUGGCAAGAUUGGAGUUGAUGAGUUCGCCGCAAUGGUCAAGCAGUGA